GGAGGUUUAAAGGCGAAGCUGCCUUCUUUCAACAGAGAAGACUUGGCGAUUCACACAAACUCUUAACUCAGCAAUUCGAUCCGGUUCCAACUCACUGAAUCCAUCAAUGUCGUCUCGAAAUCCGGAAACCUCGGGUCCCCAAGCCCCAGCAGACCGUUCAGAUCCUUCAACCCGAGACCACAACCUGGUUGACCCAGUGCCUGAUCGACCCGACGGCGAUUCAUCGAAUUCAGGAGGGGAAGGAGAAGAAGAAGAAGGAGGAGGAGAGUGUGGGUUUUGCUUGUUCAUGAAAGCCGGAGGCUGCAAGGAGAGCUUCGUGGCUUGGGAAGAUUGCGUUGACGAAGCCGAGAAGAACGGCGACGAUAUCGCCGCCAAAUGCAUGGAAGUAACAGCUGCUUUGAGGAAAUGCAUGGAGGAUCACGCCGAUUACUAUGAGCCGAUAUUAAGAGCCGAGAAGGCUGCCCACGAAGAAGCCAUUAGGGAGCUGGAAAAAGAAAAGGCAGCUAAAGAAGAAUCCGACCAAAAUUCGGAAUCCAAUAAGGAUUUGGAGAAAAAUUGAGGUGGCUGCUUUAUUAUAUUCUUCCCUUUGUGGGAUUUUGAGUUUUGAGUUUUUUUAGUGGUGAAUUGGGCCAUUUUUAUGGCAAAGGAUGGUACUUUUUCUUGGUCCUGGUUUAUUUUUAAAAAAAGAAUGCUGAGAUAGAGGAAAGGUUGAAAAUUCAUGAGAAAUGUAAAAUAAUGACGGUGAUUAGUUCACGAAAACAAACAUUUUUGUCGACGAAUAAUCUUUGCUUGUUUAGAUUAGUUU